AUGUAUGAUGUUACAGGUUUAAAAAAAUGGGACCAAGAUUCAGGUAUUAAUAAAAAUAAAGCUCAGUUACCACUAACAGAAGUUACAGUAUUACAAUAUCCUACUGGUACCGGAAACCUUACUAUUGGUCAUCUUAAAUGUUGGGGCAGUGUCCAAGUUCCAUUAGAUAAGUCUAUCACUUUCAUUAAAAGUUCCAGUUAUGUAAUGCUACAUUCCUGGAAGUCUGGAGAUUUACGUAUUAAUAUAAAAACAGAUCAAACUAAUGCCUUGAUUCUCUAUCAAACACCAGGCAAAGGAAUGGGAAAUAAAUUUUGUAUAAAAAUAAUAUCUGCUAAUGAAGUUCAGUUUCAUUUUGUGAUUAAUGGUAAAUCUAUAUUAAAGACUAUAUACACACCUAUCUCAUUUGAUACUGGAGAAUGGCAUACCAUUAUAGUUGAACAUGAUAAAUAUAAUCUUAGAUUAUCAGUAGAUCAGAGUCGUAGUUUAUAUACAUUACGUUCUGAUAUAGAUGAUUUAAUAGAUUUCUCCGAUGGUAUUUUAUAUAUUGGUGGAUUGCCUGAUGGUAUUGCUGGUGAACUAGGAGAAACAGGACCAGGUUUAACAGGGUGUGUACGAGGGUUUGUGUAUAAUAAUAAAGAGAAAGAUCUAUCUAGAUUAAUAGAUGGUAGUAUGACAGGUGUUACUACUGAUUGUAUGUCAUCAUGUUGGCCCAAUCCUUGUCUAAAUGGGGGUGUUUGUGAAGAGAACUGGGGAUCCUAUAACUGUAUUUGUGCCAAUAAAUGGAUUCAUUAUGGCAAUGAUUGUGAAAGAG